GACGCGAGCAGUCGGCGCCCGGCCCCCGAGCGCGACACCCGUGCUUCGCGCCCGCGUUCGCUCUAACCUCUCCGCUGCGCCUCUGUCUUCGCGACAUCGCUACCACCAGCUCACGCGCAGCAUCCGGUGACCAUAUUUGGCUAGUAACGUAAGGUUAAGGGGUAAACAGAAGCAAGAUGGCAGCGUUCGUGGCCAAGCAGAUGGUGGGCAACAAGCUCAGCGCCGUUAAAGGCGCGGUGGGCGGUGAUGGCGAUGACAGCGACGACAAGGAAAAGGAGGAAGAGGCAGAACGCGAGAGGCAAGAGGCCAUCCGCGAGGCCGAGGAGCGCCGCAAGGAGAAACACCGCAAGAUGGAAGAGGAACGGGAGAAGAUGAGACAGGAGAUUAGGGACAAGUACAAAAUCCCGAAGAAGGAGGAGGUGGUAGAACAGCAGCAGCAGGAGCCAGACAACCCGCUGAUGAGGAAGAAGAAGACUCCUGAAGAACUGGCGGCCGAGGCCGAGUUGGAAGACCAGGACGAGUUCACCAGUCGCGGACAAUGCUGCCAUUGCUGAUAUAGUUAACAGGUCGAGUACGGUAAACUGAAAAACACCAUCGAAACGCAAGUGAACGAACUGAAGUCGCAGAUCGAGAGUAAAUGCGUGAUGCAGUGAGCGGCGCGCGCGCACCAUGUUUAUUAUAUUAUCUGAUACAUGAUGUAGCUGCUAAGUCAUUGUUACGAUGAUGUUUCACCACCCCCCGCACCCCCCGCAAGUAACAACAUUCGAACAGGAACCGUAUCAUUCGCGCUCAAACAUUUUUGUAGGAGAGAUUCGAAUUCUAAAUUUUUUCGGAACGUAGUUGGCUAGUGGCGCGUUGGUGCUUGAUAUGAGCAAUAAUAUUUUUAUACAUUCAUAUAGAAAUGUGGAGAGCAGCCCUCGUUACAUACAGAUAAGGUCAUAAAGUCAUCGGACACCGGGCACAGACAUCUGGGAGAGUGAAACAAUCGGUUUUAUAUGUUGACGCUUGUGAUAUAUUGUUAUUUAAGUGUAAAGAGGAAAUAAAUAUAAAUACAAAGACGGUGUAAAAUUAAUAAAAGAGGGAAAUGUAAUAUAGGAAGUCUUAGCACGCGUGUAGUUACUCGAACCUGUUUUAUCUACAUGACACUUCUCUGUCUCUCGUCUACUUACAUUGAAAUAACAAUGUAUUGAUCUGAUAUUUGUUUUCAUCCAAAUUCCGCGCCGGCCCCCGGGCCGCCUCCAGGGCCGGCGAGUGUGUGGCUUCAGCUCUUCGCUCCUUUCCCUCUAAACUAACUCUUCAACUUUUGCCUCUAAAUCUUUUGCAUGCGUGCUUAUGCAGUGUAAAUCGGUAUUGUGUCAGUGUAUUUUGUUUAGGUGUAUAUACCUGUAAUGGAACCUAGCCUUAAUAUCCACAUCGAACAUAAUAAUAGGUACAAUAUUGUUAAAGCACGCAAAUCUCGGAGGCGUGCGACGGCGCACCUACUCGGGAUUUGUCAUCGUUGUCCAUUUUGUUCUGCAUGCCUCUAAUAUAAGGUCGAUGUUCGUUUAGUACGUAAUAAUGUAAAGAGUUGUAGAUACCAGUAACCAUUUCUUUGUUUGACCGUUGAACCACCAAGCAGCGUGGCGACUAGCGACGCAUUGGUUGGAACUAACGUUGUAUCGAUAUUUACGCUUAGGUAUAAAGUUAACACAGUGAGAGCGAAUUCUUCGAGCGAUUUGGUGUGGUAAAAGUUGUUUCCGUGGAAAUAGUAAUUGGAUCAUCUAUAACAAAAUACACGAGCGGACACAUUGAAGAUGUUGACAUGCGAAAAUAAUAACAUGAGCCAUUCAUUGGAUGAAUCUGCUCCAAUACUGCAAACACUGAUACCUUACAAGAACAUGAUAAGAUACUGUUAUUAAAAGGCAAUUCUGAUGUAUUACUGUACAUUGCAGAUUUACUUAAACAUCCUGAAAGCAAUCGGAUUUUUGAUGACUCUAAAGAUAUAAGAAACAAAAAAUUGGAAGCACUUUUAACCAAUACUGACAACAUACAGGUUCAACAUGAUACAAUUAAUACUGUCGCGGAGGGAUCGACAGGUUUUCGUUGGCUAAUUGUUCGAACAAUUGUCUCCACGUAUAAAGCUGCAAAUGCAAAAGAUUUGUUAUCGUCAAAAGCUGUGAUAUAAGAAUAAAUAAACUAACGACGUGCGCUGGCUGCGGUGCCUCGCGCCCAGACGCCACGGUAGCUUGUUAACUUCUACUACUUCUCACUCUCAUACCAUGGUCGCAUCGACCAUCUUCUACUACUCAUUCUCAUACCAUGGUCGCAUCGGCCAUCUUCUUCUUCUCUUCGUAGACCUCGACUGUCGACUUCUAUCGAAUCAGCACAUCAUGUAUUACCACUUUAGGUUUAAGGUUUAUUUCACAGACAGCAACAACGCUUGCUAGACACUAUCGAGAUUACUUAGUUAUUUACUUUAAUUAGAACUAUAUUUUUGCAUAUUUUAUUUGUUAAAUGAAAGUUCACGUCAAUUAUAACUUACCUUCACAUUGCAAAAGAUCAUAUAAAGCUAUUCAAUAUACACAUAUAAAUGUAAAUAAUGAGAAAUACAAACAAUAAUUUCGGAUUGUUUAUUGAGAAUGCUAUUUUCAGAUGUAUAAGAUUCGAGAUAUUUUCCUGCACUCUACUGCACAUCGAUAUAUAUUUUCAUAGCUUCUUUCGAUAGAACCUUAUUUUGAGCACGCAAAGCUACCAUAGGAUACAAAAUGUCUAUAUUUAAUCUAUCUAACUUGUUAUCUACGAUGGGCAUAGCUUUCCACCAAGGCAUUGUACCCGUCCGUCUUUCAUUCAACUUCACAAUCUUAAUAUUGUUAAGGUAUAACUUAAAAUUUCACAGUGUAUGUGUGGUUAGCCUAGGUUUAUCAUGUAUUACAAAAAUAGUUAUAUAUGUAUGUGCAUGGCAUUUCUAGCUAAACGGUUGUUCGUAGUUAUUGGGCAUAAACAAUAAUAGGUGUAAGUCAGGACCUGUCGAUUUUAUAUCAUUUGACACGACCAAUGUUUCAACGAGUCUCACCUCUGUAUUUCAAUGCUCUCCUUAAUAUAGUGUGUGUGUUAGCUACAACUUCUAUAUUAUAAAGCUACCCUAUAGCUCCUUAUCUAUCUUCUAUCUUCGAUCUAACUAGUAGUAUGACCUUAGUCUGUCCUUCGUUGUUGACUCAUUUAAGUAGAACAUAGUGACUUAGAGAUUAUUUUGGUACGUAGCGAGGACGUGACAACUAACGUCUGAAUAAAGCUAACUGUCACUAAAUUAAAAUGAACGUUUCUUAAGGCGUGUGAACUUGUGUGCAUGCUUGUACCGGUUUAAGUGUAAGCUCUUGGACAAUGUGUGUGAGUGUCGUUUUCUCUUCAUUCGUUGUUUUUAUUGUUUUCAACAAAAUGUAUCUGUAAGUAGAUGCUUCUACUAAGCUAUCUUCGUGUCUAUGUUAAGCUUUUGAUGUUCAGUGUAUCGUAAAUAUGUAAUUAGAUAUAAUGUUGCUUGAGUGCGCAAUAAGUGGGAAUUUGGGUGAUAUCAAAUGGUUGUUGCAUUAAUUUCAGUCCAGAAUUGUUUAAGAUGACCUGUAUGAUUUGCCUUAGUGUUUGGAACUACGCGUUCGAAGCACUAAUAGGACUUGGUAUCUAUAUUAUGAUAGUAUAUUGUAACUUUGCCACUAUCGCUACACUUUACAAAUCUGGAUUCCAUCAAGUCUAACCCACUCGUCUUUCAAACUGUAGCAUUAUUUAGUCGAGGUAUCUGAUUCCUGCACACUUUUAAAUAUUUCAUAUACCAAUUUUUCUUUUAUAAUAAGUAUAGUGAAUUUAUAACGAGGUUUAUACAAGGUAGAUGUGUAGUUUAGUCGUAAUUGUACGUUAUUUGUAAUCAAGAUACGACUUCGUUCUUUUCACGCCCUUAGAAAUAUUUUAAGAAAUUUUUAAUGGACUCGUGACCAAUUUUAGAUUUCUCCUCGACAAAUCAGUUGAUUGAUUGAUCUUAUGAUUCUCAUACUCAGGGUAAAUAUAUAUUAUCUAUGACUUGUUGUCUAUUUAUAUAUCUAUAUCUUUGUUCAGUUUAGGUCUUUUAGGAUGGAAAAUGACUUUUUGGCCUUCUGAGGCUUCACUUUAAUCUUUGAACUUUAACAAGUGAUACUGAUUUCUUGAAUUUACUUCAUGUUCCUCGUCCCUCAAUGUAGGAGGUUUAAAUUUUCACUGUUGUCUUAUCUUUAGAGGAGUUAUGAAGAGGUAGACUUAUACAAUUUAAUACCUUGUUAAACAUUUUAUUGGUAAAUUAGCCUACGAAAGAUAGUUGCACUAGGUCUAACUUUAGGUCCCGAGUUAUUGAAGAUGAUGUUUCUGUAAUAUUUGAACGUAAACUGUUAUUACACGUAAUGUGACAUUAUUUCUCUUAAACACAUUAUUAGAUAAUGAUAUCCACAACGUUAGGACGUUUAAAAUUGUUACGUAACAUCCAGUUUCUAACGAAUAUAACCGUUAUGUCAUCUUCUAUAAUAUGAUUGCUGUAAGAGCAGACACCGACGGUUUGAUCAUUGGAAACACAACAAGUACAAAUACAAACAAAAAUCGUAUUAAAACUUUAACAGACCAAUACUCUAUUAUUCCCGAAGUAUUCCAAAUGAUCAUCAUCGGCGUCCAUGAACAUCUUAUUCUGAAUGUAUUUGGGAAGGGUGAUUUGCAAUAUAGAAUAGACGAUAUAGAGACAACGACACUACCGUACACUGACACAAGAGCUUCAUAACACUUUAAUGCCAGUAUUAUUUACAAUCACCGAAUUGUUAGUAAGUAUUUCGACACUUUCGGCGGUACAGAGGAGGUUAAACAAAGAACUGAUUUGAAAGUGCCACCGACUGCAGAUAUUGUGCUUAUAUUUUUCUUCGACUCACGAACUGAACUUUUCUCUGUAUUGCACUAGUCUCGAGAUUUCAUAGAAAUAUUACAGAGUAUACUUGAGGAAAUAAGUGAAUCGCGUCUUCAAAGGUUGUACCAUCGCACGCAGACUUAUUUCCUCAACCAACCGGUUUUUUCAUAGAAUAGUUAUCGGCCAAUAUAAGAUCACAUCAUAGUGCGUUAGCUUUUAAUAUUAGUGACAUCUAGUGUAAUGCAAGUUUACCGAAAUCGAAGUGUUUUAAAAAGUGUAAAACAAAAUUUGAAACAAUGGAUAAUGAAACCAUUAACUCUAUAUGAACGUGGUUCAUAUGUGUGUUGUAUUGUUAUUAUAAAGAAAAGGUUAGUAGUUUAUCCACGAUUACAUUAACUUAGAAUUAUGAAUUAAAAACGAAAAAAAGAGGUUAUUGUUGAAAAUGUUUUUAGGUAAUUAAUAUCGGAUUGAGCUUUUGUGACUGUUGUUAAUAGUUAGGUUUUAGUUGCUGGCUGUUGGAUACUGCCCGUGUUUAUGAUAUCUUUACCAGUACUCUUUAGUACGUAUUAGUUUCCUUUACAAGUACGUCCCGUCACUUUAGUAGUCUCAUGUAAUAUAGACGGCUUGCUGCCACUAUCGUUUGUAUCUUACUGUUGCGGUUGCAUUGUUAAAUUUAUUUAAAAAGUCCCUAUUAGUUAUGUAUAAAAGUUUAGAGAUUGCCAUUCUCAUAUGAACCCCGCCGGCGAGUGUGAAAAUGGUAUAUCUACCAUGUUGUUAAAUAAUAAAUAAACUACAUUGUACCACCA